AUGAAAUCGCCGACAGAAAACACGCACACAAACGGAAGAAAAACACUCAUUGGCUUGUGUUCCACCUCCUGCUUCCUACUGUCCGUCGUUUGCUGUAUCGCACUGUUUCACGUGGAAUUCAGAAUACACGAGCAUCGUCGACUCAUAUCACAGUUGGAAACAUUCCGUCAAGAGAUUCAAAGAGAAGUCGCUCAAGUUAAACAGGAUUGUAAAAAAGGGAGAGUAACCAAAAGUAACCAUCCCGACUUUUGGCAAAAUACAAAAGGUGGGUGAAAACGAACAGAAAGUGGAUAUAGGUGACUUUUUGCUAAACCAUGGUUUAUCCUUUCACGUGGUUUAACUAGUAAACAUCGUCGGAGAAACCAAGUUUUUCAGUUACGUAUUGGAAUCAACUACAGAAUACAGGGCCAUAUUUUAAGUUUUAAAGAACACAGAAAGGGAUAUAUCUUAGUGGCUCGGUGGUUCGUCAUUCGAGGUUAGCAUCUUAAAGAACGAGAAAGUCAUACCGCAAAAUUCCGAAAAUAAGCCCCGGGGCUCAUAUAUUUCAAAGGAACUUAUUGAGGGGCUUAUCUACGGAGGGAAAUUUGCGUUUCAAAAUCAAUUGGGCUAGCCGUAUACUUGGAAGUAAAUUUACCGUUUUUGCUUUGUUUUACUUUGUAUUUGAGGGCAAUUUUGCAAGUACAAGCCCCCCGGGGGGGAGGGGCUUAUAUUUGGAGGGGCGAUUUAACGGAGGGUUUUUUGCGUUACCGGAUUGGGGUGCUUAUACAUGGAGGGGCUUAAUUUCGGAAUUUUACGGUAUUUUAGUGGCUCGCGGGCUCCGUCCCAACGAAUAUACCUAGAAAAUUGGCCCUGUAUUCUGUAUUCUGUUAUUUAGCUUCUCAAAAAACUGUGCGAGCUUAUAUGUAGUUCCUAUAUUCUAAUAUUAGAACACUACGUACAUUUUUCAAGGUCGCAAAGUUAUAUACAGAGAAAAACGUGAUUCAUCAGAUGCCUCUCAAAACAAAUCGGUUACAAAAGCCUCCGAAGUAAAAAAGCUGAUCAAAAAAGAGCUUCGCCAGUUACAGAAAAAAAUCUGUGCCAAAGAUGAAAAGCUCUGUCUACCAGGACCAAAAGGUAACACAGGAAGACGGGGAAGACGAGGACCCCACGGUAUACCGGGCCCCAGAGGGAGAUCCGGCCCAGCGGGGACUCCCGGUAAAAAUGGACCAAUAGGACCACGGGGACCAAUGGGUAUAAAGGGGGAUCGCGGAUUGCCAGGUCUGCCAGGACCUCCUGGUCCCAGAGGUCCGCCUGGUGAGAAAGGUGCGCCGGGACAAUCCAUCUCAGCUCCCUCCUUGUUACAGCCUCCUGUUGAAACGACAAUCAAUGCAAGUCAGACAGCCAUCUUGAAAUGUACAGCGGCUGGAAAUCCUCCUCCCAAAGUCACAUGGUUUAAGGUGAACUCAACACUUCCUGUCGGACGUCACGUUGUAGAGUCGAGUGGCGCUCUGAUUCUUCAGGAUAUUAGACCUGAAGACGAGGGCCAGUACACCUGCAAAGCUGAAAACGUGCUGGGAACCAUCAACGCCAGCGCACGGCUAACAGUGCAGUGUAAGUUGCAUUUCAUUCUUCAAGAUUUCAAGACGUUUUUUAUCUCUCCCUAAUACACUUUUUGACAUGUUGUAGGAGUAUUCUAACGGACACUUACAGCUAGUCCCUUAUUGCCGUUCUUUAGUUACUUCCUCUGACCUUCAAUAUAAGAUGCACAAUUCUCUAAAACGAUCGGUUAGUAAUGGUCAAAGUGGUGUGAUAGAGUAUUUUGAUGGCAGAAUAAACGUGCUUUCUAGUUCUUGCCGAUUCCACUCUUUAUUGAAUUGUCUUCAAAUCACCUGAUCUGAAGCAACGUAAAUAAAAAAACGUAUAAAGAAAAACUAUAGUAUAAAGUUAUGUCGAUGAAUUUGAUUCAUUUGUCAUGAUCUUUUUAAGAGCGGCCGUCCGUAAAUAUCGCCUGGGGGUGUGCAAAAUGAAAAAAUCGAAAAUCCCCAAACUUUGUCAGAAUAUAGGUCUAGGUAAACUAUUUCUAGAAAAAUAACUUUUAGUUCGAUUGGAUUUUAUUUUACGCGGACGGCGACCGAGUCGGUUCGGAGGCUCUCAGAUCAGUUUUCACAGGCUCAAGACCAUAUAUUACUUAAAAAUCGUUUAAAAUUAAAGAAGUAACAAACUCUGCAUCUGAAAAUCUUAAUAGAAAGAACACAACCUAACCAAUUUUCUACGGCUUCUGGAGUUUAUUUCUUAGAGUUUCGUAGUGGGCAACAAAUUCAAUAGAAACGUUUAUAAUUGUUAACAACAAUCUUUAAAAAGGCUCUAACUUAUCACUAGUUAAAAUAUGAGAGAGAAUAAACUGACUUGACCGACUGAACACACUAUGACAACCUUCCACUUCCGGUUUAAGACAUAAACUGCACUGAGCUGUGGACGAAGAUCCUGUGUGCUGGUUGCCACUGUUUGAUCUCUAGGAAAAAAGAUCUAAUCAGCUAAAAUAUUGAAAAAAUAAAUACUGAGACUACUGCAACGUGUAUCACUCGAGUACGCAACGGCGUCAGCAGCUGCAAGAUUGGCAGGAACCUUUGUCGCUAAUAGGAAAAACUGUUUGAAUGCAGGAGGUCCACGCAACGCGUAAAUACAACUGACUGGUUCCUAGUUCCUAGUUUGCUAUGAUUUUGUCAUCCACAAAGAGAACAUCUUAAGCUCUUCCAGUGAGAGAGCAUUCUGCCUUAACUCUUGAACCGAAAAAGGACAGCAGAGGCGUGCAGCGUUCUGCCUUUAAUGUACAUACUGUUGUACCAUAUUUGGACUAUUAUCACAGGAUACCAAUCCAUAAUGGAAAUGUAGUCACAUCUGAGACAUCCAUAUUUGGAAUCUAUAAACAUACGAUACCUAACCGAUCAAAACGCAAGCAAUUUUCUAGCGAAAUUUCUUGUGAAUUUCUAAAGAAAACGUGUUGAAAUAUCAACUAUGUGUGAAUGUAAUUUAAAAAUGGUGAAAAUAUACCGAAAAUGUGCUAACUUUGAGAGUGGCUCACUCUCCGAAAAGCUGCUCAGAAUCGAAAAAGUAGCUCAAAAUCGUACAAGUUGCUAAAAAGUUACGCAGCAGAAUCUCUCUAGGCCUAGGUUUAAAUUUAGCUGAAACUUUGUUUUUCUUUCGGCUGUCUUUUACACUUAGCGUCAGUAACAUCCAAUUCCACACAACGACUCCAUGCCCCACCCUACCUCCCUGCACGCACACAAGCCUUGAGACACAAUCCCUCGUUAGCUUGGAUGCCAGAAGAUUUAUCAGUAAGGCCAUUCAACUACUCAGUCCCAAAAGGGUAAAUUUGCCUAUCAGCUUACCAGCUUUUCUGUUACUACACAAUGAAAUUGGAAGAAUACUGUGCUGGGAAAUGUUAGAAGAGAGCAGGUGGACAUGCUUAAGAUGUCAGUAAUUAGUUACAAGAGCAGGAAUUUACGCGUUCAUCGAUCAGUUUCACUGAAAUAUCUUCGUUUUCCACAUCAGCAUAUCAAAGGCAACAUUGACUAACGACACGGGGUACCCAACAGAGUUUUAUACGGGGAGUCACUGCCACAGGAAUGAACCCAUCACCCAUGUUUAUACCAUUUUUGGCUGAAAAGGUGUCCUCUUUCGCGUACUUUCCUUUAAAAAAUGAUGUCCCUUAAAAAGUCACUUUUCUUUGCAUCCCUUUAAACUGCUUUGAAUGCUCUGUCCCUCUCUUUUUCUUUUUUUAAACUGUAUGAAUAGACAAAAAACCAAGAUAUUUUCUCUGCAUUUUGUUCCUUAAUCCUUCCUUUUGGGUCCUUUUCUCAACCUUUCAUAUAUACUUUUAAUAUUAAAAUCACUUCCCUCCAAUAUACCUGAAACCUUAGCUAUCCCUUUCGGGCGGAGCCAGUUAUCGUAUACGCUAUUAUCAUAGAGAGUUCUCCGGGCGCUUAGCUGGGGUAAACUUUCCAAAAGGCUGUGCUUUUUUAGUCCUCGAGCAACACAAAACUUUAACGGGGGGAUAAAAAAGAACAAAAAAUGAAUACAGAUGCAAGAUGAAUUCGAACGUUAGGUUACAGAUGCGAGAUUUGAAUAUACAUAGUAAACAGAAAAUGAUAGGCUACGUAUACUAAAAAGAUAAAUGUCACUUUCUGAGUUCAUCAUGUUGAUUGAUACCACGGGGUUCAAAUGCCGUUUUAUUUUUGUUUUCUUUCUUUCUUUUUUUCUGUCACUCUUCCUGCCGUAAGGAUCAGUUUACUGUUUUAAUUUUAAAAUCUGGUCAGUACUGAAGAUGUUACUUAUCUAGGCCUACUAAAGAUCUCGCUGAUCGACCUUCACUAGUUUGUCAUCGUAGUUUUGCCUUGACAAGUGUCCGUAUUACUGAGCUGCCUGAGGCAGGAAUUUCAUCGCACAGUCUUGAGUAAUUAAUAUUAAGUAUUCCACCAGGUUUUCUUCGAUGAUUGUACGAAAUGGAUGGGAAAUUUAUACCUCCUUCCCUGCAAACAAGGAUGGGAAAAUGAUGCGGUUUCAUCCAUGAUUUGGAAGGGGGGGGGGGUUGGAAUUGCUGUUUCAUUUUUCAUGAUUCUGUCCAAGAUUGUAGCUCCAUGGGGUCUUCUUAUAAUCUGAUGAUCUUUUGGCUUAAAAUAAGCAUGCCAGGAUCAGCAGACGAGAUAUCCCAAAAUAAUAGAUAACGCCUGUGGCAUAAUUUUUUGUUUCUCAAAAGUUUCGUACUCAGUUCGUCGUACUUUCAACUAGCCAACGUUAACUGAAACACCCUUUUUACUUUUAGAUUUUAAUUUUAUGAAGGAUUUAGUGCAUUAUGUAGCACAAAUCUUGCUUUUCCUGUUACUUGAGAACUGUUCAGACACAGUGAUGCUGACAUUACCCUCCCCGGCCCGCUGGAGCAUCACCCUACCCUAGGACAAAAGUGAGUAACGCAUUCUCCUUCCCGCUCCGAGCAGGUACGGUGAUGUGAGGAGACCGCAAUAGCCGGUUAUAUAUAUCCAAAACAUCUUCAUUUCCUAAGAGAUAAGCAUUAUAUUUAGUCUUUAUACAUCGUUAUGUAAGUCAACGUCGGUAAAUUGGUUCUCUUAUGCACAUGAAUCCAGUUGGUAGUAAGUUUUGAAACACGUGAUCCGAAUGCUGUCAAACAUUGACCGCCGGUUAAAAUUAGGCUUUCGGCUGCCAACGGGCGCGUUGUAAGUGAAAUAAUUAGGCAAAAGAAAUGCAAAUAAGUCGAGUGUAAUCAAUAUCGCUCAACAGCAAAGAGCUUUGGAGGAAUCUGGUCAAUAGAGCAUUUUUCAUCGAUGUAACCGCCUUCGAAUGUCGUGACAAAACGGCGUGUUUUGACCUCAAGGGUCGCUUUUGUUAGGCGUUCAAAAAUCUACCCUUCAGGAUUGCCCAAAAAUUUUAUUGCAUUUGUUUGAGGAAGACACCUUGCUCUUUCUAUCGGUAGGUAAGUUAUGGCUCAAAGCCGUAUACCAAGGAGUGAUUUUUGUGUCUGAAAUUUGCCAAUUUUAUGUCUGUCAAAAAUCGGUAAAAUAAGUAAAAUAAUUAAAAAUCCGAAACAUAUUAGAUUUGCUGUCGAAUAGGAAAAUUGUACAUUGAAACUAUUGGUUACGUUGUGUUCUUUCUAUUAAGAUUUUCAGAGGCAGAGUUUGUUACUUCUUUAAUUUUUAAACGAUUUUUAAGUAAUAUAUGGUCUUGAGCCUGUGAAAACUGAUCUGAGAGCCUCCGAACCGACUCGGUCACCGUACGCGUAAAAUAAAAAUCCAAUGGAACUAAAAGUUAUUUUUCUAGAAAUAGUUUACCUAGACCUAUAUCUGACAAAGUUUGGGGAUUUUCGAUUUUUUCAUUUUGCACACCCCCAGGCGAUAUUUACGGACGGCCGCUCUUAAAGAAACCAAUGAAUUGCGGAGAAGUCUUAAUCAUGAGGAAACAAGUUAUUUUGAUUUUGAGGGUCACUGUAAGUGUUUUCCUAAAAUAAACCAUUUUCCUUGGCAUUGGCUGCAUACGACUGGUGUACUACAAAAAACUAGCAAUUUAGAAGUCUAAUUUUAAAGAAUGUUCACGUUCGCUUAUUGAUAGAGGUGACCGCUGAAUAGGGGUCAAGAUUAAAACAAAUAAUUGAUAACUACUAUUUUUUGCCGGUGCACGUUGUCGUUGCGCAAAGGUGUCGUAAGAGAAGGUUCGACUAUAUUUGCUAAAAAUUCCACGAUAUUAGAAUAGCAGAGAGUAUUCUGUCACCAGAAUAAAAGCGAUUUAUCUAUUUCUUGCCAGUUGGUCCCCAGAUAUUAUUGUCAUCAAAUCGCCUGAUGGCUGAACAAAAGCAAAACUUCACCAUCGCCUGCACUGCCACUGGUCAGCCUCAACCCAAGAUCACGUGGUCCAAGCUAGGAGGAGAUUUGCCAAAAGGAAGAAGUGAGGUAAUGAACGACGCUCUGACAAUCUAUCAAGUGACAAGAAACGACGGUGGCAUAUACACGUGUAAAGCAGAUAAUAUCCUGGGAACAGCGACAGAUAUGGCUCAGUUGAUUGUUUUUUCGCCUCUUCGGUUCAAACUUCGACCACCUCAAGAACUGACUCCUAUGGUUGACUCAACUGUUCGCCUACCUUGUGUGGCCGAGAGUGACCUGAGACUUACCAUAACUUGGACAAAGGAUGGAUCCAUACUUACUGUUGAAUCAAGGAUUCUUCAAAACAACACUCUAGUUCUUGGCAGCAUCAAAAUAUCACAUAAAGGAUCUUACACCUGCAGAGCGAGUAAUUCUUUGUCAACAAUAGAAACCAACGUAAAAAUCAAUUCUCCAGUUACACCUGCUUCCUGUUCUGAGAUCAGAAAACACGUCAGCAGUGUAAGCGGAAAUUACGACAUUGAUCCAGAUGGCGAGGGGGGUCUGGCACCAUUCACUGUUUAUUGUGAUAUGACAGCUAAAAAUGGAGUUGGCGUGACAGUCAUCAGUCACGACAGUGAAAGCAGAACAUACGUGAAAGGAUAUGAGGCUAGGGGAAGUUACUCGCGUGACAUUCGUUACACAGGAGCGAGUCUUUCUCAGCUGGCAAGUCUCACCAGAGUGUCCUCGAAUUGUGAACAGUUUAUCAAGUAUGAAUGUACAGGUAACGCUCUCCUUCAAAAUGGCGCCUUUAAUGGCUGGUGGGUGUCACGUGAUUCCGCUAAGAUGACGUACUGGGGAGGAGCAUCUGGCAAUGCUAAGUGCGCAUGCGGGAUGACUAACUCAUGUGCACACGCCAGUUAUGGCUGUAACUGUGAUAACGAAUCCUAUAGAUGGCAGGAUGACAGCGGUCUGCUCACUGACAAGACGACGCUUCCUGUAAAACAACUCAGGUUUGGGGAUACUGGUGACAGCGGAGAACAAGGUUACCACACGCUCGGAAAACUAAAGUGCUUUGGAACCGCAUAAAUAGAUGCUAGUUCUUGUGACUCCAAACCCGACAAGUAAAAAAAAAUAUGUGUAACCUUAAAAGUUCAUAAAGAAACCUGAAGAGAGACUCACAGCGAUCCUUGUUUUACAUGUACAGUAAAUACAAUAGCCCACCUUCGAUAUAUUAAAACUCUAACAUGACUCCGAGGCUAUAGGGUCAAAAUUGCAAAUUUCUCACGACUCCAUUGUCUCGCAAUUCCCAGAAGAGACUUGAGGACAAAGAAAACCAAACCAAAUGUAGAAAAAUGACCAGAAAGCCUCGGAGUCAUGUUAGAAUUUUAAUGUAUCGAACGUGGGCUAUUAAAACCCGGUCGAACAUCCGUAGGCUAGCUCUUCUCGCUUUUUUACUGAUGUUUAUGGUAAACAACCUGUCGCGGUUCAACAUAUUCAUCAAACUCUAAAUUCUUUUCACGAGAAUUAACACCAACCGAAAAUAGAGACAUGGCACUAAUAACUCUGUCUUUUUCCCCUAGUACUGAAGUAUCGAUAUGAUUGUUUUAACCUGUUUUCGAAAGUCUUGCAGGUCGUGUUAGAGAGUAAUAAGCAAUAGUUUAAUAAAUGUUUUUUAUGUAUUCUGAAAAAUCCUGUCACUGUUGUCGACGGCUGCUACUACCGGGGCUGAGCGCACGCAUGGGAUUCUGGCUAUAUCGUGUCAAUGUUUUGUUGGAGAGAGAUACUAUUUCUCUUGUUUGUUCUUCCCAUAGAGGUAUCAAACGAAUCAUGAAAAACCGCGCUUCAUUUAAGCGUCAAUGCAAUUAGCACAAAAUAACUAAUUGAGGACAACAUUUUUAUGUCUCCUACUGGAGACGGGACCGCCAUUUUAUUCAGUUUGUCAUUCGAGCCCCAUGAAGGCAAAGCUGUUUGCAAGGAAAAGGCAGUACCUUUACUCUCAGUUAUUUUAAGACCCUAAGUAUUGCUCCAGCCCUAAUGAUCGAUCAAACCAGCGACCAUAAGCUCGGCAGUAAACGUUUUACCAACUGAGCUAGUCCUGACGUAGUCUCAUUUGAGACCUUUAAGAGCUUCUUCAUCACCGCGGUUUUUAAAAGGUUUAUUUAAACUUAAUUGCCUGCAUACAAAACAAUCUCCGCUCAUAAUUCAGGGUUGGUUAUAAAAACAUAGUUCAAACGGAUAAAACACUUUUAAAUUUGACAAACCCUCCCAUCUAAGCAUUGUUUGCUAUUAACAGCGUCAAGAACGCUCACAGCCUAGACUUUUUUUAUCUACUUAAAAGUCAACACUUCACCAACAGAUUUAAAGGUCUUAUAAAUAAAGAUAAAAAGUGUAAAACUUAAGCUCUGUUAAAGCUCCACUUUUAAAGUGUUAUUUAUAAAGUUAAAAUAGUUUGGGAUAAGAAACAAUCUCAAAUUCCAGUGUGCGAAUAUGGUACGUUGGUUGAGCGACAUGGGUGGCGUCAAAAUAGACAGAAGAGAAGCUUGUUAUAUUUUGUUAAUUUUAAGAUCCUUUGAGGUUUGAAAAGAACUUUUUCACAUCAGUUGUGGGCCUUCUGUUGUUCCUGAACGCAAAAGUCUUCAUGGUUAAGCAUCGUUACCCUAAGCGCACCACUUGACCCGGCAGGAAUAUGACAACGCGGAGGAAUGAGGUCUAAGGGAUUUACCAACGCUGGGUAAAUGCCAGACAAAACGAAACAAAAUGGGCGGAAGGUAAUGGGCACGUGAGCUUUAGGCGUUGUGAAAAAACUAAAGCCGCGUCUGUCACGUCUGUAACGUACCUUUUGUAAUAUCUUCCUCAGGAAAGACAAGGAAACAGACAAACAAGCUUUCAAGUGUAUGUGUCGUAGGUUGUAUUCGUUCCCAGGUUAAAUCACAAUUUUGUCUCCUGUGAAUAAUUAGGGCCUAGAAACAAAAAGAAAAUACUGAAGAAAAUUCGGUUGAAUCCUUGUCAAAAAUGAGAACGGAAUUUACCUAGAACAUAAACCAGUGGUUAGUUUCUUUACAUUAUCACUUGACGACGCAAAGCAAAUCCUGAACUUCCUAAUUUGCCGCUCUGAGUUUAACGUUUAGAGGUCAUGAAGCUGGUCUGUUUCAUGCAUAUUGAGUAAUUUAUUUCCUGUGGUCUGGAGCGCGAUGUCCUACUGUUCCUCCGUUCGCAAUUCCUUUUGUUCUAGCUUGAUAGUCUAUGGGACUGUACAGGUAGUGCAUUUUUUUGUUAUAAGUGCCCAAAGCAAGACUGCAGUUUCGGAAUUAAAAGAUACCUUGUCUAAGGUCACGUUUAUUCUCGUUCAGCCUGUCAACACUAUUUCAAACCGGAUGUUUUCCUUAGCGCGUUCAGCCAACAACAAAAGGUUUUCUAUUUGGGAAAGGUAAUAGCCAAUCAGAAAAUACCUACCAUAUUCGCAAAAGUGGGUGACGUCACCGGGCAAAUUACAACGCUCGGAAUUCAGUCGUCUCUCUCUACCCCGCCCCCCCUCCCCACGGAUUACUGGCUGGAGACGUGUGACAUUUCAGACUAUCCCAACCACUCUUUUACUUGUCAUUUCAUAAUGUCACUCAUAUUCGUUAAGAUAUAAGUGGGUCAUUUGUUUAGAAAUGCCGCAUGUCACGGGCCUGGUUAUUCAGUUUCUCGAGUUUCACAAAAGACAUUUGCUUCACUGAUUUCAAGGGCCAUUAACUUACUCGGUCUUUCUGAAAACGUAGGCCCAAAAAGACAGUUUAAUCAUGAAACAAUGGAAUGCAGAAGAGAAGCAUAAGACUGGAAGUAAAACAUUUGAGAGCUUGAGUUGCAAGUCAGGUUUGCUGCUGUCUAUUGCGUGCUGUAUCGCACUUAUUCACGUAGAACUUCGAGUACAAGAACAUCAUAACCUGAUUUCACACUCAGUGGCAUUCUGUGGUCAGUUGGAAACACAAAUCCUUAGAGCUCAACAGAAAAAUGGAAGAUGGAAAAUCACCGAAAGCAGCCCUUCAGAUUUGGAGCAAGAAACAGAGGGUGAGUAACUGAGAAUUUUAAAAGCGGAAAUAGCUAAGCUCUUUGCCACGACCAAGGCCUCUACUUCUCCUUGUGCAGAUAUCAUUAUAACAUAGCCAGAAUAUUCGCCUAUUCAAAUUCAAUAGCGCGAGUGUGCUUCAUAUUCCCGUUGAGCACGCUGAUGAUGUCAAUAAACUAUACCUCGAGUUCUUGUGAGCUUAGCAAUCCUCCCAAGACGUCUCCCAAGAGCAUCCAUAACUCAACAGUACACGAUGAAGCGUUAACCAUGUGGUUAAUAAUGUAAAUUUAAGAGAAAACUUUUAAAUUUGCUAACCGAUAGCAGAGAGAAGAGUAGUCUUACCUACAAGUCGAGCUCAAAUUUUUUCACGAGCGCGAAGCGCGAACGGUAGAUUUUUUCUGUUUUCUGCGGCAAAAGCGAGCGGGAAAGCGAGAGCUCGAACUUCGCGCUGAGGCCAACCACCGGAACCGGAAAUGAGAAACGAAGGACUUUGAGAAAGUCUAGGAAAAGAGUUGAGUGUUGUUGCGGUUUUGUCAUCUGCGCGAGCUGUGCGGGCUAUGGCGUGUGCAAAUCGUUCUUUUCACAGCUAUUUCUUUCAAAAAGAAUUUUUUGGUGAAUUAAUAGUUUUUCGGUUCCUCAAUAUGGCUUUUACAAUCCAUUUGACCGUUAUCUUAAGCGACUUGAUUAAACUUUAUUCUCUCAGUUUCAAGACAAAAACAUAACUGUGAGGUAAAAAAAUAUAGUCACGUAGACACUGAAGCGUACUGCUUUAAACGCGAGCUAUAAAAAUAAAAAUGUAAGGUAACUGCUGCAUUAAUGCAUAAUGUUUUAAAACAAUUAGGAGAUGACCAUUUAACUAGCAUUUACUGUUUACCUUGAGUGAUUUCUUAAAGAUGUAUGAUUAAUGUGCUACAGUCUUUUAAGAAUGGCUUUUAUUUUUGAGGUCAAAAAACCAAAUCAAGACAAAGACGUGCUUCACCCAGUGACUCACAAGCGAAACCGGUAAAAACAGCCUCUGAUGUAAAACAGCUGAUCAAAGAUGAACUUCGUUUGCUGCAAAAUCAAUUCUGUGCCAAAGAUGAAAAGCUUUGUCGACCAGGACCAAAAGGUAACACAGGAAGACGGGGAAGACGAGGACCCCAAGGUAUACCAGGUCCCCGAGGGAGAACCGGACCAGCAGGACCUCCCGGUAAACAUGGACCAGUAGGACCACAAGGACCAAUUGGUAAAGAAGGAGUUCGCGGAAUGCAGGGUCCCGCGGGACCCCCCGGUCCCAGAGGUCCGCCGGGUAAGAAAGGCGCACCGGGACAAUCUAUCUCGGCUCCCUCCCUGUUACAACAGCCUGUUGAAACGACAGUCAAUGAAAGCCAGACAGCCAUCUUGAAAUGUACAGCGGUUGGCAAUCCUCCUCCCAAGGUCACAUGGUCUAAGGUGAAUUCAUCACUUCCUGUCGGUCGUCACGUGGUAGAGUCCAGUGGCGCUCUGAUUCUUCAGGAUGUUAGACCUGGACACGAAGGCCAGUACACCUGCAAAGCUGAAAAUUUGCUGGGAAGCAUCAACGCAACAGCGAAGCUAACAGUGCAGUGUAAGUUCCAACUUUUUAAUCUAAGGCUUUAAGCAAUGAUGUUCAUUACUCCGUAACACAUUAUCUAUUUCUUGUCAGUUCCUCCUUCUAUUGUACUGUCAUCACAUCGCCUGAUGGUUGAAGAGAAACAAAACGUCACUAUCGCCUGCACUGCUACUGGUCAGCCGAAACCCAAAAUCACGUGGUCCAAGUCAGUUAACAAACUGCCCAAAGACAGAAACAAAGUGGUGAAUGGAGCCCUCACAAUCUAUCAUGCAGUAAAAAAGGACGGUGGAACAUACAUUUGUAAAGCAGACAAUACUCUUAGUUCAGCAACAGAUACGGCUCAACUCAUGGUUUUCUCGCCUCUACGGUUUAAAGUCAAACCUCCCAAAGAAGUGCACACUGCAAUUGGAUACACUGUCCAUCUACCGUGUAUGGCCGAGAGUGACCUGAGACCUGUAAUUUCUUGGUCAAAGGAUGGCUCUAUACUUCCUGUUGGUUCGAGGAUUCUUAAAAAUAACACUCUCGUACUAAACAGCAUCAAAAAAUCACACAAAGGAUCUUAUACCUGCAGAGCAACUAAUGCCCUCAAAACGAUAGAAACAGAGGUUAAAAUCAAUUCUCCAGUGAGGGCUACUUCCUGUUCUGUUAUUAAAAAGAACGUCAGCAGUGUGAGCGGAAAUUACGUCAUUGAUCCAGAUGGCGAAGGAGGUCUGGCACCAUUUCCUGUUUAUUGUGAUAUGACAACUAAACAUGGAAUUGGCGUAACAGUCAUAAGUCACGACAGUGAAAGCAGAACAUCCGUGAAAGGAUAUGAAUCUCCGGGUACUUAUUUACGAGAUGUUCGUUACGCAAAAGUGAGCCUCUCUCAGCUGGCAAGUCUCACCAGAGUCUCAUCGCAUUGUGAACAGUUUAUCAAGUACGAGUGUUACGGUUCACUUUUGCAUCACAAAAACAAUAAAUUUGGAUGGUGGGUGUCACGUGAUUCUACUAAGAUGACGUACUGGGGCGGAGCAUCUGACAAUGGUAAGUGCGCAUGCGGGAUGACUAACUCGUGUGCAUAUCCCAGUUAUGGCUGUAACUGUGACAAGAAUGACUAUGUAUGGCGUGAAGACAGCGGUCUCCUCACUGACAAGACCAAGCUUCCUGUAAUACAACUCAGGUUUGGCGAUACUGGCGACGGGCCCGAACAAGGUUACCAUACACUUGGAAAACUUAAGUGCUCUGGGACAGUAUAG